AUGAAUAAACGUGAUGAUAAGUGCGAAGUGAUAAAUUUGGGCAAUGAUACAUACAUAAUCAAAGGAUGGGUUGUCGGGCCAGAGGUGGAAAUUGAAGAGUUGGCUCUGAAAGUGGCCAAAAUAGUCAAGAUAUCAAAUCACAGCAUGGCAUAA